AUGAGUUUUCGAGAGAAAAGAAGCUGGAUGACAGCCAGAGGUACCUGGAAGGAUCGAAAAGGCAGUGGAAAACCCCCACUAAGUUCAACUUCACCUCCACCACUGGGAGAGAUCCUUGCAACAAUCCAACUAGAGGAUCUAGAAAGUGGCAAGACCGAAACUGAUAACUACGCUCGCAUUACCAAUACUCAGUAUUUGACAUCCUACAAUUGGAUCAACGGAAACAGUCCUCAGAUCAUGGUCCCAGGCGAACCUCCAGCAUGGACUCCCUUAUCUAAGCCCGUUCAGCUCCGAGGCGACUCCGGCCUUUACUAUCGAGACAAAAAUGCGGCACGAUACCCCCUAUACCCGUUGGAGCCAAUGAUCCGAGCAAUAAUGAUGGACAAGCCUGAGUUUUCGCUAGAAUCGUUGGACAUCAUCGGAUGUGGCAGUACACUUGGCAAUCUGCUUCACUUUGCCCGCGGCCAGGGUCGUCCAUUCAGAAUGCUGAUUGAGGUAGUCGGAAACACAGUCUUUUUCAUCCGAAGAGAGAAUUCUCCCACGGAAACCAUCCCCGAUGUCCGAGGAUACGGCCACGCUUUUCCAGAGGCGUACACAACGUGGAGCAAAAGCACCAGGGGAUCUGAAUCUCAUCAACGUCUGAUUACUUAUGACUUCGCCGGCAUGAGUUGUUUGGUCCGUUUCGAAGCCGAUGGGUUCCUGCCUAACAUGAUUCCCGAUGGCUUAAGGACAGAUCCAGAGCACACUGCUGGCACGAACGAUAUUGACGCAAACGACCUCUUAUCAUCUAUUGAAGCGGUCACAGUCUCCACUAUGCUACCGAUCACAACGGCCACGAAAUCGACUACGCUCGAAAUCUCAAAAGGCGGCUGCUAUAUCCCACAAUGUGCAGUUUUUGACCUGAAAACACGCUCCAUAAAGAGAAGUAAUGUGGACACUCUGUCGGAAGAGUUGAGUCGGUUGUGGAUUAGACAAGUUCCCAACUUUGUUCUCGCAUAUCACACCUUCGGAAACUUUAAUGACAUUCGAGUUCGGGAUGUGCGUCAGGAGUUGAUGCAAUGGGAACACGCUCAGAAACCAGGUUUGCUCAGGUUUGCGACUUUGCUACAAAUGGUGGUAUCCUUUGCUCGUAGCGUAGAGGAUGGCAAGCUCGAAGUUGAAUUUGAACAGGAUUCCAACAUUCUAAAUCUUCGAAGUCCAGGUGGAGUUGUUGGAAGUGUUUUACCGUCGUCAAUAACCGACAAGUGGGAUCUCUAUCAUGAUUCUGGUGCUUAG